AUGCUGGGAAAAAAUAGCUGGAAGUUGCGUGAUUUACGUCUGCCGUUGAUGAUUGGGAAUAGCGGAGAAGGGUUGUUGCUGGGAAAGGCAGAUCAGGCUGUUAAGUCAACAGAAAAUGGUCUUAUCCUUUAAUGAUGGGUUGGUAAAAAUAUAGUACUGGAAGAUUCCUAAGACUGUUGUCGAAGAUUUCGGAUGGCACCUAGAGAAAAAGGGGAACGGCUGUCCAGCAUGACUGUGAGAGCCAGACCCUAGAGGGGGAAGCCAUUCCUAGCUGCCAUGACGACAGGAGAUUGCUGCCACCUUCCCGGCUCAUUGUGUGAUUGCACAGCUGCCUUGUCCAAAUCUGUGGAAGAUUCUGACAUUUGUCGACCUCAGUAUGUAACUCAAGUAACUGCAAAAGACGGGCGUCUGCUGUCAACAGUCAUCAAAGCGUUGGGCACACAGAGUGAUGGUCCCAUUUGUCGGAUCUGCCAUGAAGGUGGGAAUGGGGAAGGACUGCUGUCUCCUUGUGACUGCACUGGGACUCUAGGGACAGUGCAUAAAAGCUGCCUGGAGAAAUGGCUUUCAUCUUCCAAUACCAGUUACUGUGAACUUUGCCACACUGAAUUCACAGUGGAAAGAAGACCUAGACCAUUGACAGAGUGGUUGCAUGAUCCAGGACCGCGGAAUGAGAAGAGAACACUAUUCUGUGACAUGAUCUGCUUUUUAUUCAUCACACCAUUGGCUGCCAUUUCUGGCUGGCUCUGUCUUCGUGGUGCCCAGGAUCAUUUACAGUUCAACAGCAGACUGGAGGCUGUGGGUCUAAUAGCACUUACCAUAGCACUUUUUACUAUCUACGUUCUCUGGACACUGGUAUCAUUCCGCUAUCAUUGCCAGUUGUAUACAGAAUGGAGGAGAACCAAUCAAAAAGUUCGCUUAAUGAUUCCUGAUUCGAAGGGCAACUAUUCUACCCAGCAUUCCUUACUAUCAGCAAAACUGAUGAAGAAGAAUGCAGACGAAACCAUAGUAUGAUUGCCUGCCAGAAAGUCAUGUUCACCAAAAUGGGCUGCCCUGUUUAAUUUUGAAACUUGUACAUGUUACCCAUGAUUGCUUGGGUAUUACUUUCAGAAAUGUGACCCGAAAUACAGUUCAUUCUUGAAAAGAGGCUCAUUACUGCCUAACAGCAAAAGUAGCUUACAAGUAAAUGUGUAGCAGGAGAUGGAAUCCAAAGUGUAUGCUGAAAUAUGAUUUUUCCCACUUGUGUGAGUCAUUUCAUUGCCCUGAUUUUCGGCCCCAUGUUAUAUGCUAACGGUUCUGUGUCUGCAAGAAUUUGCAGACAACUUUGGAGAAAAUACCCUUGCUUCUGUCUUUGAAGCUGAUGAUAGCAGAAGAUCAAAGUGAAUGCAUCUCACCUAACCUGGCAACUGACCACAUGGAAUUUUCAAAAGAAGUUCAUGUUAAAUGCAGAUUGGCAUGGUGUAGCUUCUGCAGAGUAUGUAGAUCUUUAUGCUGAGCCUUUCCUGGCAGGAUGGCUCUGAAAAUCUUUACUUUGUGUACACAGAUGUAUUAUUAAGUUUUCCCUUCGCUCUUUUAAACCAGCCUUUAACUUCAUCAACUUCCUUUUCAGUGUUGUAGUUUAUAAUCUUGGACUGAAAUAAUUAACUCCAGAUAUAUGCUGUAUAACUUUUAAAGGCAAUUUUGGUUCAUUAAAAAGAGUUCCUUACAGCUUAGGAAUUAUGUACUUACACUGUAGAGUCAUCACAUUGCACUUUGGAAGAAUUAUAUUAUCCUUAAUACUUUGGAGAACGUUCCUCUGUUUUGUAGCACAUUAAUAUGCAAAUUUAUGUUAUUAACCAUGUCAGGCCUGAAUUAUAGAGUCAGCUUGGUGCUAAUGUAUUGUGCUGUAGGGCACAAAAAUACCUUGACUUUUCUGAAGAUUGGCAGCGGACAUUAAAAUGGGGGGGGGGGGGGGUUAAUGACUGGGAAGAAUAGGUGUCAGUGUGGCUAAACUUUAUUAAUUCCCAAGUAGUAGCAUGCAGUGUGAUAUCCCUUUGUAGAUGGCUUUGUUUUUCUUUUAAGGUUAUUCAGUUUUUUGUCAUCUUUUAUGAAUAUUUUGUAGUGGAAGCCUUUGUUUUAAUUAUCUAAAAAAAGUAAGUGGUCUUGAAUAUGCACAUAAGAAAAAAGAAAAACUCAUGGGUGGUUGCAGCCCUCCCCUAACCACCACCACCACCAUGUUAACAGUAAAGUGGAGUAAGACAGAGUUCAGCUGAAAGACCUAACUAACAUUUAUGCAGCCGAUCAUUGAUAAAAGUCCCUGUCACUCGA